AUGUACGCCCAGCGUACGCUGGAUGUUAUAGCCCAAAGAACUCAAAGGACCAACCCACCCGAGGAUGUGACCGAUCACCGUUUCUUACAAUUUCCACAAACUCUGAACGAUGCAACCCGGGCACGAUAUGUCACCAAUUUAAGUUUGUUGCUCACCGAGGAGAUCGAUAUAGCACCCUCAUUUGACUGGGAAUUGGUGACCCGGACUGGACUAGCUGCAUUGAUCCAGGAAUUUUUGCAAUACACGUACUCGGACACGAGUGGUGUGGACUUGUUCGUGUGUCAGGGAUGGGCACGUUUGUUCAGGAUCCAGGAGCCUGUUUAUCGGAAAUUUUUGCUGGAGUUUUACGCUAUAGUUUCCUAUGAUCCUAGGAAGGCACCCGAUGACAGGACAACCUUUGCCUUCAGACUGGGGGGAGCGAGCCGGGAAUACAGCGUGAUAGAGCUUGCGACUGGAGUGGGUAUUUACACAACCGAUGAGACGAGGAGUGUCCAUUUCUCGACAUUCCUUUCUGAUUGUCUCACAGACCGGCCAGAAGACUAUAACGAUAACACUUUUUGGGCCGAGAUUACGGGAGGAGUUUAUACACCAUCUACCACACGAGGGAGGAUGAUUCGUUUUAUUUUGACGCAAGGAAGAAGUAUCAUCCCGGCUGCCACGACAUGGUUGACACUUUCCUAUGUUGUGGGGGAGUUUUUCAUCACGAGAAGAGGAUGCCAUUAUUGA